AUGCCCAACCGGUACCAGUUCGUCUUCCUCGGUUCUUUCUUCGGCCUGCUCACUGUCCUCCUCCUCGUCUCGGAGUACCUCAAGCGCAAGCUCAAGGCUGCGGGCUACGACAUCUCUAGACUCAUACUAAUCGGGCUGCCCCCUAAGAACGCGACCGACGAGAUGCCUGCGGAGAUCCCUGGAGGAUUGUCCUUGGACACCGUCAAGGAUAGCCCUUUCUUCCAACUGGCGCUUCUGGUGCUGACAGCGGUGACCGCUGCUGUCAUUUACCGACUUUCGGGACCCCAAAAGAGAGCACCAGUGCUCGAUCCUGCUGUCUGGAAAGAGUUUCCGCUGAAGGAGAAAAUCAUAAUCUCGCCUAAUACUGCCAUUUAUCGGUUUGCUCUUCCCCACCCCGAUGACAUCCUCGGACUUCCCAUCGGGCAGCACAUUCAAGUGCAAGCCGAAAUCAAUGGCAAGGAUAUCAUGCGCAGCUACACCCCCACGAGCAGCGACGACGACAAGGGUCACUUUGACCUGCUUAUCAAGGCCUACGAGAAGGGUAACAUCUCCCGGUACAUCUCGCUCCUCAAAAUCGGUGACAAGAUCCGCGUCAAGGGACCCCGCGGCCAGUUCAAGUACUCCCCGUCCCUCACCCGCGAGAUUGGCAUGAUCGCGGGUGGCACGGGUAUCACGCCCAUGCUGCAGAUCAUCCGCGCCGCGCUCAAGAACCCCCUGGACCGGACGAAAUUGAGCCUGAUCUACGCUAACGUGAAUCAUGAAGAUAUCCUGCUUAAGGCGGAGCUAGACGAGCUCGCGGCGAAGCACCCGAACCGGUUCAAGGUCUACUACGUGCUCAACAAUCCUCCUGAGGGCUGGACUGGCGGUGUCGGGUUCGUGACCAAGGAGCAGAUCAAGGAGCACCUGCCGCCGACCGAUUCGAACAUCAAAAUCCUUCUAUGCGGUACGUCUUGUCUACUUGGUGCAAUGAAAGCGAAACAUCUAGAUGAGCUGGGCUACCCUGCGCCUCGCACAGUUAGCAAGCUUGUUGACCAGGUGAGAGGAAUGCUAGUCUGCCUUGUUAUGCGCUGCUAA